GACCAUGAGGUGUGGCUGAAAGCUUCAAGAAAGUCAAGUAUGUUGUUUGGAGAUUUUUUUUCUUCAAUAAAUCAUUUUUCUUUUUUAUUUAUUUAAUCAUGUGAAUAGAUAUAGAAAGAAUUAAAUUAAAAUAGAAUAAAUUUAGUAAAAUAAACUUCAAAUAACCAUAAAUUAAUCAUUAUUGAACACUGAAAAAAAACCAUUCAGCUUCUGUUAUGAGAAAUAACUGCCAAGAAACUGUUUUUGUAGUUAAUUAAACGUCUUGUUCUGCCACAUAAUACCGUCAGCAGCUCUGAGGACAACUCAUUACCGUCUGACCGUAAUAUCAAAGGCUUUAGUCGGAAUUUUGACGAAGUGUUUUUGGUUUGUUCGGGGAUUUACGCGAAACCGGAAGUAGGCAGGAGUGAAUCAUCUCAGUUUACGACGUAGCAGAGACGCCAGUGUGCGCACCACACCCACUGAACAGAUCUCUACAUGACCAUACAGUUUGACGCUGUUGUAACUUCCCUGUUUUACGUUUUUGGAACAUGUUUCAACCUGAUUGGCUGUUUGGACAGACGCGUGCACAAUGAGCUCUGAGGUGUGCCCAUUCUGUGGGAAAACCUACAAAAGGUUGAAGAGUCACCUGCCACACUGUAAGGCAGCAGCGAGCUCCAAAACACCUCCAACCAAACAUGAUGUCACAGCAAACCAGACAUCGUCCUCUCAGCCGGCCGCAGCCUUGUCAGAAUCAACAGCGAAGUCCACACAGACACUGUCGAUAACAGCAAGUCCGCAAUCAAAGAAGAGUAAAAAGGUGUCUGUUGUAUCAUCAGAAACACCUUCAUUGUCCCCGAGUUCUGCAUCACCUCCACCAACAACUAAGAAGAAACAGAAGCUGUCUGAGCAAAUCAAGGCAGCCAACAUGCCCUCCUCUACCACUUCCCUCACCUCCUCCCCAUCACCGUCUCUGUCUUCCACCGUCUCUAAGCCCAAAAAGCAAAGUCUCCAUUCUCUGAUAGAAGCUGCCAAGUCCACACAGGUUUCUAAGGGAUCACAGGAGGGAAGCACAUCGGCCUCAGAGGACCAAACUCUAAGCUCUAGACCCACAGCUCAGACCAAAACUAAUCCCAACCAAGGCACAAUAAAAGACAACGCCCAUCCUUGGUUUCUGUCCGCGGACACUAAACCCAAAGCUGCAUCUAAAACGAAGGCGUCAAAGACGAAGAAGGCUGCACAAAUGACCAAACACACUUCAACCUCUCUGGACUCUGAAGUAAAUCAAAGUAGUGCAAGAUCCAGUGUAAGAGACGACAUCUGGAUGAGCAACAAGGGGGAAGUUGAGGAUUUUUCUGUGAAUAAGAUGCUUUUAAAAUCAGGAAGCAGCCACCAGGCCAGGGUUACCAUCCAGGAUGUUAAAGCCAUGUUAGGCAGAGGUAAUGCCACCCGUAAAUCCAGCAGACCAAGCAUCCUGAGCCGAAUUGAAACUGCUGAUGAUUUAAACAGCAAAAUCGGUACUAGUCUCAGUCCAGUUCCUCCCCCAACAGGGACCUUGGAAACAUCUAGAACCCUGUCAGACCAGCUGCCCAGCACCAGUUUACAACACACUGAGCUACAGUUAGUCAAGAGAAAGUCUAAACCAGCAUCUUUAGUCCCCAUGCAGCAGCAUGAACUAACCUCCCCUGCCGCUCCCCUCCUUUCUGGCCAACUAUGGUCUCAGGUGAGCAAAGCCACGCUCCCUCAAAGUACAGUCAGCGCAAAUGAAGGGCUGAAGAUGACAGGACUUCUCACUCUAUCGCCAUCACUCACUGCGUUUUCCAGCCCUCUACCGGCAGCGAGGGAGGAGAUGUUGAGAGCCGAUGAUGGGUUGAAGUCGCAACUGAAGGGCAGGAAGCAAAAAACUGCUGACGAGGGAACUAAAGGAGCUCUGACGCAGCGGAGUCUUGGCCAGGUGAGACUGAGGGAGCUGCCGGAGUGGCUGGCCUGUAAAACCCCCAGCCAUCCAAGAGAUGUGGUGGAAAUGGUGCAAAGAGGCUGGCAGUGGUAUUACAGGAGGUACAUUGAUGUGAAGAAAGGUGGUGUAGGUGGAGUGGGCAUGUUGUUAGCAGGAUACUGUGUGCUCAGCUACAUCUGGAGAUACCCUCACCUCAAGCAUGAUCGAUGGAGGAAGUACCACUAAUGUGAAGGUGAAGACGCUUGGACAAGCGUAACUGUGUGUGAGGGAAACAGCAGCUCGAAGCAUCUGUUCUGUUAAUAAUAUAUAAUUAAUCCAGAUCCAAAGGUUUACACAGGAUUUGUGUCUGACAAGUUGGUACUGGUUUCUCGUCAUCAUGGUAGCGCUUCCUGUCAGCCCAUUUGGUUUCUGUCUAUGACUCUCAUAUCUGUCCGUUAAAAAUGAAACCACAGCAAGCAGCUGGUUAGCUUAGCUUAGCAUUAAGACUGGAAACGGUGAAACAGCUAGCUUGGCUCUGUUUAAAUGCAGACUAAAUCCAUCAACCAGCACCUUUUAAAGCCUUAUAUCAUGUUUAUUUGUAUAGAAAUAAGGUUAAAAAAAAGACAAUGUGCCUUUUUAAGGUGAUACAGCAACUGAGGUUAAACAAUUUAUUUAAAUUAAAUUGAAAUGACAAUAUGGCCCACUGCUGUUUUCAAAUAGCAGGAGGCCUCAUAUUUAUUAAAGGCAACAUGUGUGUCAGAAUACCAUUUUAAAAAAUUAUAUAUCCUCCUGAGACCCUUUGUCCUCAUAUGAGGACAUCACAUUUUGGGUUUCCUGCACAUUAUACUUCAUUCUACUUAACUUAGACCUGCUGUCCUUGUUCUUAGACACUUCUUUGUGCCAUCUAAUGGUAGUAAGAGCACAAUACGCUGAUCCAUGUAAAAACAAGAUGGCAGUCAUCUCUGCCAAGUCAGUCUGCAGCU